AUGGAAGAACAAAAAGAAAAAGCUUCUUUUGAAAGGAUAUUAAGUAGUGAUGAAUUCAAUUCUAACCAACUUGAGAAUAAUAAAGAUAAUCAGGCUUCAGAUUCAGAGACAAAUAUUUUAUUAGGAAGUAGUAGUGUGUGGUUGUAUUUUAAUAAGAAUCCAGCUGAUGUAUUUAGUUAUAAUGAUAUGUUGUUACUUUUUGAAUCUUUAGAAAGAGCUACUAGAUAUUUAUCAGCAUCAUCUUAUCCAACAAUGGGUGACACUCGUCUUGUAUUUACAGGAAUUCAGACACAUCUAGACAAAUAUGCAAAUGAUAAUAAUUUUAUAGCAAGUGAAGUAGCAGCUUUAAUAUCUAGUAAAAUUAAAAAUAUUGAAUCAAAACCAAGUGCUUGUGCUCAAAUUCAAUCUAUAUUUGAACUCUAUAAAGAACAAUCUUACUCAUCUACAAAUUUAGUUCUAUCUACCCCU